AUGAAUUCAACAUGGAAGAGUUCCGAGACAAUAUGGAGGAAUCCUGACCGCAUAUUUGAGGUUGAGGUAAAAAAAAGGGUACAUGUUUGUCGUUUAAGAUUAAAUAUAGAAUUAAAUUGCAUUGAGAUGGAGGGUAAGUGUUAUAAGGAUGCUUUUGAUGGUUCAAGGUAAGGUAUGUUAGGAAAUGCAAUAGUGUCCGGCCAAUGUCAGGCAUGUAAGUUGCCAAUGGAGUGAUGUUCUUUAGCCCAGACAUAUGAAGACCAGGAAGUAUAUUGUUUAAGUGGCCUUUGGUGGCAGCAUGGAAGUCCAGGCUAACCAUUGGGGCAUCCAUGUUCUAGGAUCAGUGGUUAAGAGCAUUUGGUGCUACAAUUGUGCCAUAUGUGUAAGAUAACUUUCUCAAAUGGGUUUGAACACAUUGCCUUUCUUUCCUGACUCAAUUAAAGCUUUGAGAGAACCACCAUGGGGGUUGGAGAACAGCACCCAAAGUUUGGCAGAUUGUCCUGUGCUAUCAAACCAGUAACCUAAACAAAUGUGCGGCUGGGUAAUUCACUUAUGUGUCCAUGAGUGCUAAUCCUCCUUUGUGUCUCGAAAGGAAUAUGAGAGUAUGCCAGUCUAUGACAUUUAGUUUCCCCUAUGAACCACAUAAUGUAAUGAAAAUGAAGGUCUUUUUUAAAAGGAUACAAGAUCUCUCAAUGGGUUGGGCUAAAACAAAUGUAGGUUUUUGGGCACAGUGCCAUUUUCACUAUAUUCCUCCUUCCAAUUCAUACAGCCUCUGGAGGCAUUAACAUCCGUUGUAAAAUCUCUCUUUUUUUUUUUCAUGGAAAAAAAUCUAACAAGGUAUGUAUUGAUACAGAGCACCGAGUUUGGGGGGUAGGGUUUUAAUAUAUAAGUCAAAUAAGAGAUUUGGUUCUAACCAAAUAUCAAGGUAUUUAUUGGAACUCACUGUGUCAAUUCUACAGUUCUUUCCACUGCCAGAGAAAUGGGAAGUGCAAUCACAGGGGGAUCGGGUGACAUAAACAAACAAAGUGACAGUAGAAUUAAGAGCUAUAAGUCUAGAGUAUUUAAAAGCAGAUCUGUAACUUGAACUACCAUCUUUAUAAAGACUGUGUGAAUGAAACUGCCUUGUUUGCAGGUUACAAUAGAAUGCUAUCAUGUUAUGCAUGACAAAGUCCUUUUAAACUGGUUCUUAAAAACUUACAGUUACUGAACCUUAUAUUGACUGUAGUUAAAACAACCCAGUAUAGGCUGUUACAUUAUAUUUAUAUGUACACAAGCUCUUUCAAAUUCUAGCUGUUUCUGUACCUUUAAUUAUAUGGUUUGUGUAGCGGAUACAGUUGUAAAUCUAUUGUGUAAAAAUAUUUCUAAACAUACAACAAUUUACUUCAUCGUUUUGGUUUGGCUGCCAUCGUGCACUAUCCCAUCCUAUGUACGGUACUGAUAUGUCAGGAAAUGUGAUAUACUUUACAGAUUACACACGCAAGAAAAGAUCUCUUGACACCUACACUUAUAUUGCUGACUACGCUGUCAGUUAUACACAUGCUUUAAUUAUCACAAUUCUAGAGCCCACUCUAGAUGUAUUCUAAUUUCUAAUAGAAGUUUCAUUAAAUAUUCACAAAAGUGAGAAUUCAAAGAAAAUUUCAAAUUUAAGAUGAAAAUAGAAUAGCUCGAAAAAUGAUCUAAUCUAGCUAUGCUUUCAAUUUGGCUUUAAAGGGACACUAUGGUCACCAAAACAAGUUUAGCUUACUGAAGCUGUUUUAGACUAUAGAUAAUGCCCCAUGCAAUCUCACUGCUCACUUCUCUGCCUUUUAGGAGUUAAAGCACUUUGUUUAUGCAGCCAUAGUCCCACCUCCUUGUAUGUGACUUGCACAGACUUCCUCAACGCGUCCUGUAAAGAGUCAUCUAAAGUUCAUCUACAUUUCCUUUAUUGCAAAUUCUCUCAAAUUUAGAAUUUUUGAUCUACUGCCCUGUUAAUACCUUGCUAGACCAUGCAGGAGCCUCCUGUAUGUAAUUAAAGUUCAAUUUACAGAGCAGGAGAUACAAACUAUUAGAUUGUUACAUCUGAUUAAAAAUUAAACCAUUUUUCUCUUGCAGACUGUGUCACUCACAGCCACGGGAGGUAUGGCUAGGGCUGCAUAAACAGAAACAAAAGUGAUUUAACUGCUAAGUGGCAGAGAAUUGAGCAGUGAGACUUCAGAGGCAUGAUCUAUACACCCAAACUGCUUCAUUAAAGGGACACUAUAGUCACCUGAACAACUUUAGCUUAAUGAAGCAGUUUUGGUGUAUAGAACAUGCCCCUGCAGCCUCACUGCUCAAUCCUCUGCCAUUUAGGAGUUAAAUCCCUUUGUUUAUGAACCCUAAUCACACCUCCCUGCAUGUGACUUGCACAGCCUUCCAUAAACACUUCCUGUAAAGAGAGCCCUAUUUAGGCUUUCUUUAUUGCAAGUUCUGUUUAAGUAAAGGACCACUAUAGUGCCAGGAAAACAUACUCGUUUUCCUGGCACUAUAGUGCCCUGAGGGUGCCCCCACCCUCAGGGUCCCCCUCCCGCCCGGCUCUGGAAGGGGGAAAGGGGUAAAAACGUACCUUUUUCCAGCGCUGGGCGGGGAGCUCUCCUCCUCCGAUCCUCCUCCUCUCCGCCCAUUCGGCUGAAUGCGCACGCGCGGCAAGAGCUGCGCACGCAUUCAGCCGGUCGCAUAGGAAAGCAUUUACAAUGCUUUCCUAUGGACGCUUGCGUGCUCUCACUGUGAAAAUCACAGUGAGAAGCACGCAAGCGCCUCUAGCGGCUGUCAAUGAGACAGCCGCUAGAGGAAAUAGAGGAAGGCUUAACCCAUUCAUAAACAUAGCAGUUCUCUGAAACUGCUAUGUUUAUGAAAAAAUGGGUUAACCCUAGCUGGACCUGGCACCCAGACCACUUCAUUAAGCUGAAGUGGUCUGGGUGCCUAGAGUGGUCCUUUAAGAUUUUCUUAUCCCCUGCUAUGUUAAUAGCUUGCUAGACCCAGCAAGAACCUCCUGUAUGUUAAUAAAGUUCAAUUUAGAGAUUGAGAUACAAUUAUUUAAGGUAAAUUACAUCUGUUUGAAAGUGAAACUAGUUUUUUUUUCAUGCAGGCUCUGUCAAUCAUAGCCAGGGGAGGUGUGGCUAGGGCUGCAUAAACAGAAACAAAGUGAUUUAACUCCUAAAUGACAGUGAAUUGAGCAGUGAAAUUGCAGGGGAAUGAUCUAUACACUAAAACUGCUUUAUUUAGCUAAAGUAAUUUAGGUGACUAUAGUGUUCCUUUAAGCUAAAGUUGAAUGACUAAAAUGUGUCCCUCUAAAUUUGAAAUUCCCUUUGAAUUCCCCUUAUAUUCUUAGUUUAGUAAAUAUAUCUGUAAAUGUAUUCACACUUCAGACUUCUAAAUGAAUUUAACUGCAUGCUAUCCCAAAUCUCAGUGUACAUUUAAAUAGCAGAUAAUGUUCUCCAUUUAAUAUUUUUGGAUAUUCUUUUCAGAUGAUUUAAUAUCUGUGGAUAAACUUGAUAAUUUAAUACUUUGGAGAAAAAAAAAUAUUCUAUAAAAAAAACUAAAUAUUUAAAUAUUUUUCAAAAUGUUUAAAUUAUUUUAAAAGUUUUUACAAGAAUAUUAAAUUGAGACCCAUGUUAACAUCACAGCAAUGGUCAUGAAAGUUAAAGGCAAACCAGUUAGGUGAGUUCUACUCUAACAAAUUACAAAUUUACUGUCUGCAGCUUAAAGACAUCUCUAAUGAGACAGAAAUUAGAAUUCUCGUAAAUCUACUCAAACUAAAUUAAGGGGGCACUUCAAGCACCAUAACCACUACAGUACACCGUAGUCUCACAAAAUAUACAAUAAUUUGCCAAAUUACUCCGGGAGUGUCCCAGGGCACUCUUAGGCUGUAGUGUUCUUUUAAAGGGGCACAUCAGUAAAGAGACUGAACGAUACCGUAAAUUUUACCUAGGGAGACACGACAAGUUAAGUUUGACCUAUACAUUCCCUCUUUUAUUCCUCUCUUUCUUCACAGCUCCUGUGCAAUGCUUGAAAUGGGAAAUAUACAAUUUUUUCAAAGAUUUGAGCCUACAGAAGAGGACAGCUUGAUGAAGACCUAUUCAAACAUGUUUUGUUUUCCUGAUCCAAUAAAUCUGCCUAUGGCUUUAAUUCCGUGAGUGCCUAAAGAUUUUUUUUCUUGCUAUUGCCGAACAGGACAAGACUGGAAUGGAUAUUGUCAUUGAGAAAAGUGGUCUGGUUGCUUAUCGUUUCUCUUUAAGUCAACUUUGAAAUUAUCUACAGCUUUCUCAAUGAUAGUAUGCAAUUUUAUCUGUGCAAAACCGUGUUGUUUUAAAUCAGUAAAGGGGUCAUUGGAUUUCUUUAAAGGCUGUCUCUCUCCCCAGCACAACCCAUUUAUUUCUCCUCCCCUCUAGACAAUGGGUAUGUGCUGCUCUCCUCUUGCAGAGUCUACAGUGUGAGAGCGAAGAGCACAUCACACAAAAUGGACAAUGAAGUUUUUAUGUCUUUUACGCUUUAUAGCACGUUGCUAAUCCUAAAGAUGUAUCUCUUGGCUAUAAUAACAGGACAGAUUCGACUCCGCAAGAAAGUAAGUCUCACUCUGUUUGCACAGAUUUUUUGUACAAGGAUUCUCCUCGCUGCUUUUUUUUUUUUUAAUCUGUUUUUGCAUGCUCUUCGGUUGCUAGAAGUUAAAAUAGAACAGGCAGAGCGCUGUGUGCAUUUCAAAACCUGCUUCUUACAGUACUUUGUAACCUCAUUUGUCAGGGAUACAAAUUAUGUACAUGGUGGUAGUCAGGGAUACAAUUUAGGUACAUGGGUGGUGACUUCAUCAUCAAUUGGAAAAUUAGGUCAGUGACCCAUUCUUUACCUAUAUUUUUCAUAUUCAGGUAAAUCUUGCAAAACAAAUUUAAACUCUUCCAAAUGUCAGAGGGGUCUCUACGACAGCACAAACUAUUGCCUUUAUUCUAUUUCAUGACACCAAUGAAAACCACUAAAAUGGCAUGGAGACUUGGUAAAUGGUCCCCCACCAAGGGGUUAAAAAUCAUCUGUUUUAGGUCGAGCUUUAAAAAAAAACAAAAAAACUCUACCUUAAAGUUGCAAUGUUGGCACUUGUAGGCUCAUAUAAAAAUUCUAAUUUAUUGGGUGGUAUAAAAUUGGUGGAUUUUAUAAACCCGCAUUGUGAUUUUAAAAAAAAAGAGAGAAAAUAAUUUAAUUUUCUAUUUUUUUUAUUUUUUAAAUAAUGAUGAAAUUUAUCCAUAAACCAUAUAAACUCCCAAAUGCAGGUUUUUAAAUAGAAAUAUUUUUCUUAAUAAGAUAUAUUGGGGGCUUGUUUAUAAUGUAUUAGCUUUUGUGGAAGUCUGCCCCAUGGGAUUUUGGGUAAAUACAGCUGUUAAAUAGUAUAUGCAGUAACGUGUUACAGAGUUCUGUGAAUAACAUUUGCAGUUGGCAAAUAACUGUGUGUUGUGAUCUCUUGCAACCAGAGUGCUCCACACAAAAUCUCACAAGUAUAUCUUUGUGUUUAUUGCCAAUUAGAAAGUGUUGAGUCCCUGCUUAACAUAAGGCUUUAUUUAUGUAGCAUCAAUGCAUCUCACAAGGGAAGAUCGUCUUGGUUUUUCUAAAUGUUUAACCCAUUUGUUUCCACAGACUAGUGCAGACUUCCCCGAACUCCGGCCCUCCAGAUGUUGCUGAACUACAACCCCCAUGAUUCUCAGCCUAUCUAUUGCAUUCGUAGAAUCAUGGGAGUUGUAGUUCAGCAACAUCUGGAGGGCCGGAGUUUGGGGAAGCCUGACUAGUGUUUCUAAACCUCUUGUGGAGACCCCUGCAUGUCUUAAAAAAAAAAAAAAAAGUACCCCUGCUCUGAGAAAGUAAUUUAUAAUAAUUUAAAUUCUAAAUGAAACAUGAAGACACUGAUAUUAGAGAAUAAGAUGGUAAAGAAUAUUUUUAAAAUGUAUGACAUAAUGUGAAUUAUGUGUGUCAGGUGUGUGGAAACUUUGAGUGGUGUACCUGCCUAGAGCCCUGGCCAUAAACAGGGUUAUGUGCUGAACUCCAAAUUUUUUUGCUAAAUAAAUCCAAAUGGAAAAAUCGAAAACAAAAAUAAAGUUAAUUUGGAAAAAUUCUCGUACGCCGCAAUAAUUACAACUUUUUGCCUCAGUUUUUCCAUUCAGAUUUCAUUUGUGUAAUGUUUAGUUAUUAACCCUGAGUGUUUGACCCUCUGUCCCCUCAUAGUAAGUGUGCGUGCAGGAUGAGUGUAGUGUGUGUGUGUGUGUGUGUAUUUGGUGUGCACCUGCUGUGUGUAGUGUGUAUGAUGAGCCCCAGGUUGUCUCUCCCUCCAAACCCCAAAUCAGCGGUAUCACUUCCACUAAUGAUCUGCCCCAAACCAUUCUCAAUUAGUGUCCCUGCCGCUAACCAAACCCCAUUAAUGUCUUCGCAUUAGCCCUCCCCAUUAGUGUCCCUGAGGGCACACACUCCCAGUAGCAGCCCUGCCAAGUGCCCGUUGCAGUGUUAAAGGCAGAUUAAAACUGCACUAAAUCAAGCUGAACAUCUUUUCAGGUGCACUCAAAUGACUCAAAUAAUGCAAUCAAAAUAAUUAAAGUCACAACAUUGGGUAAAGUUGCAUAAAAUGGACCUGAAAACAUUUUCAAUGCAUAGGGUGGGGGGGUCUUUAAUAAGCUCAUGGUAGCCCCAUUCGGGGCAAAACCUUGUCUGGUCCAAAUUAAUUUUAUGCAACUUUAGUGUGGAGACUUUUUUUUUUGCGGUUUAUUCACUAAACUCUGAACUGCUAAGAGUUAACCAGGGAAUUGAAAAUCUUCAGAUAGUCAAAUUGGAGAAAUUCUUCAAGUCAGCUAUCUUUCCGUAUCAGUUAUUAUGUGGAGGACGAUGUGCCAACACUUUCAGUCGCUUGACUUAGCCUAAGGAUUAAACCUGAAUCCCGACACAGGAUUAAAACUCUCAGACAAUAAAUACUGUCUAAUCCUGAACCAAGACUUGGUGUGAUAAUACAGAAGGUUGCUAAUGUAUAACGUAUCCCAUUGUACAGCGCUACGGAAUUUGCUGGCGCUAUAUUAAUAAUAAAAUAAUAAUGUGUGCCUGUAAGGAAUGUCAUUGCAGCUAAAGGGACACUUUAAGCACCAGAUCAUUAUAUUUUAAACCCAGUCGUAGCUGUUGCACUUUAAUAUUAUUGGGAUGAGUAAAUGAGCUCUGGGUAACAGUGAAUGGUCGUGGGGGGUAUGGGUUUCCUUAAACCAUGGAAUUGUCGGUUCACUGCAGCUCAUCUGGUGUGUGUAUGUAGGCACCUGGGUCGAGUCAGACGUGUGGUGUCUGUAUAUGGAAGUUUCAAGGCAAGUAUGGCUUAUUUGUCAAAUGUGCAAAAGUGGGUAGGUACUAGCGAUUAUAAAUUGAAUACAGUAAAUAGAUAUUAACAAUUUUAUCAUUUUAGCAGCUAAACAUACAAGUGACAAGUUUCUGUUAUCACCAACAAUUACAAUACAAAGAAGAUGAUGUAGCGCUUAUACAAUGGAAUAAUUACCGUAUGGUAAAAGGAAAAAACAAUUCUCAGGAGGCAAAGUCCACAAUAAUUUUAGUGUCUUUAAAUGUAAAAUAGGUAAGAUUUCCACGAUAUUAUCUACACCUGUAAGAAUAAUGUAAUGUAGACAGUACAAGCAUAUAAAUUAGAUGCUUAAGGAAUAUUUGUACACUCACAAGCGGAUAGCUGUAUACACAGCCAGGGUCGUACUUGGAGCAUAUGGCACCCGGGGCGGGUCCUGGGUUUGGCACCCCCCCCUCCAAGAAAAACCCUUGAAAAAACACCUACUAAAUUGUUCUUUUUUUACAUUUAAAAAAAAAAUGUAUUGAACAAAUUUGUAAACUUUUCCAAACCCCUGCCCCCUUCUACAAAAUCCCUGCACUCCCUCACACACAGGUACAAGCAUACAGUCACACGCACACAGUCACAUGCAGACAGUCACACAUAUAGUUACAGGUAGAGAGUAACACACACAGUCAGUUACACACAGUCACGCACACUGUUACAGGCAGACAGUCAUACACAUAGUUACAGCCACACGCACACAGGUAGACAGUUACGCGCACACACACACACUGUUACAGGCACACAGUUACACACUGUAACUGUGUGUAGGAGUCAUCUUAGACUCUAUGUGCAGGCGUGGUGUAGUAAGGGACUACACUCCCAUAACAGCAUAAGACCGGGAACCAGGUUGUCCAAAAUUAAAAUAAGAUGUAUUAAACAAAUAAAAAAUAAGAUCCAAUGUCCUCUUGUCACUGGGAUGCGUUUUGCCACUACAGUGUGGCUUCUUCAACCGGAAAGUUCAAGUCUUUGAACCCAUUUGGGACAUUUUAAUCUUACUACUAUAUUACAGACUGUACUACACUAUUUUGUGCCUAUCCACUUCCCUCUAAGAUAAGAACAUACAUCCAAGGCAGGGCUGGGUCGCCCUAACGGACCCAGAAUCAAUUAACAUUAGAGCUGGGUAUACAACUCUCCGCUUGUGAGUGUACAAAUAUUCCUUAAACACCUAAUUUAUAUGCUUCUACUGUCUACAUUAUAUUACAUUAUUCUCACAGGUGUAGAUAAUAUCGUGGAAAUCUUCCCUAUUCUACAUUUAAAGACACUAAAAUUGUUGUGGACUUUUCCUCCUGAGAAUUGUUUUUUCCUUUUACCAUACGGUGAUUAUUCCAUUGUAUAAGCGCUACAUCCUCUUUUUUGUAUUAUUUGUCAAAUGACUUAAGAGGUGUGGUGCAGGAGCAUGUAGCCGAGAGGAGUAGGUUAAGAUGAAGGGAGAGUUGGGAGUGAUGAUUUUUAAAAGUGAAACUUUAUUUAUUUAUUUUUUUAAAAUGUUCUACUAAUAUCAGUGUGCUCAUUAAAAGGAAAACUAUAGUCCCUAAUUACCAAUCAUUAUUUCAGGGCUAUACACUCCCUUCUGUCCACCUCCCUUUGCUAAUGAAAAUUUAAAGCUCAAGAGAGACUCCACCCCCCUCGUUUUCCAGCUCUGACACUCCUCUGCUGCAGCCGCCCGCUCCAACCUUUAAAGUCAUCAGCAUGCCUCUAAUCCACUGAUUCUAAUAGAGGAUGGAUUGGAGGUAUGCAUGCGCGGUCAAACACCUCACUCUUCCAAUCAAAUGCUACUAUUAGCAGCAUUCUAUUCCCAGACUAAGUUUUACUCGUUCUUGAAGAGGUACACCAGCAGGGUACCUCCGCCAAGGACUGCUUCCUAGCUGGAAUAGGGGAUAAAUCGCAGCACUUCUGCCCUCAUUCGCUGUGGCUUUACUGGGGUCCUAAAACGGCUCUCCUGGAGCCGAAUGGGGAACUCGCACUGGACGACACUCAGUGCUGGGAGCUCUAGUCCUUACAAGGACUUUUCUCGUUGAGCCCUCCACACUGGAACAGUGAUUUAAGAAUAUCCCUUUCCCCUCCCAGUAACCAGACGACACAUAGUUCUGGGAGUACAAGCUGGAAUACAUUAAAUGGCAGCCACAACUGACCUUAUAUGCAUGUCCCCAUGAAAGGGGCACUCCCCCCUGGACCUGAGAGUAGACGACCGUAGAAACAAAUACACAAUUACAUUGGUUAUCAGAUCCAGGACACCCCCAUACAAAACAAGAUAAUCCCUCCCCUGUGCCUGUGCUAAACACCCCAAAAGUACCCUAAAAAUACAUUAAAAACCCACAAGUUACAUCCUCUGAUAGCCCUGAUCUAGGUGAUCAACAUAUCCAAAAAUCAUCCAGAUCAGUUCAGGAAUUUCCUGGAAGUCAUUUGUUUGACCAACCGUCAGGGGCGGGCUGGGCCGGAGGGCAGGGAGGCAAUUGCCCCCCAGGCCGCCCUAAAUUCUGUUGGGACCGGCCGCUACAGGGCCGGCCCUUUAAAUGCUGCAGCCGCCUGAGCGCUGUGUUUAGAGCAGCACAUAUUCUCCCCUGUAGCAAGGCCGAGCUGCUGUGCUGUCCGCGGUGCCGGCCGGACUGAUAGGAAGGUGCACACUCAGUGUGCACUUCCUGUCAGUCCGGCCGGUUACAGGAAACAGAAACUCCGCGCGGAACAGGAGUUUUGUUUCCUGUCACCGGCCGGACUGACAGGAAGUGCACACUCCUUCCUAUCAGUCCGGCCGGCACCGCGCACAGCAGAGCAGCUCGGCCACGCUACAGGGGAGGGAGGAAGGGGAGGGGGGGGGAAUUAAGAAGAAGGGGGGAGGGGGAAUUAAGAAGAAGGGGGAUUAGAAGGGGGAGAGGUGGGGAUUAAGAAGAACAGGGAUUAUUGGGGAAUUAAGAAGAAUAGGGGGAGUAAGAAGAACACAGGAGGAGGGGGAAGAGUAAGAAGGACACAGGGAGGAGGGGAGAGAAGGGGAGAUGAGGAGAACACAGGAGGGGGGAGGUGAGAAGAACACAGGGAGGGUGGGGGAGUGAGAAGAACACAGGGAGGGUGGAGGGAGUGAGUAGAACACAUGGGGGGAGGUGAGGAGAACACAGGGGGGGAGUGAGAAGAACACAGGGAGGGAGGGGCUGAAAAGAAUACCGGAGGUUUGGGGGAGGGGGGAUGAGAAGAGCACAGGGAGGGUGGGUGGGUGUGAGAAGUGACUGCUAGGGAAGGGGGGGGGAGAGACCACUAAGGGGCAGGGGAGAGCUCUAUAGGACAGGGGGCAGGACAGGGAGCUCUUUCACACUACGCGCACACACACACAAUGCAUCCCUACACACACAGAAACACAACAUGCUUCUCUUACAUCCAGAGAAACACACAAUGCAUCCAUUACACACAGACAAUGCAUCCUUUGCACACAUACACAGAAACACACAAUGCAAACACACACACUGCUUCUCUUACAUAUACACAGAAACACAAUGCAUUUCAUACACACACCUUGCAUCCCUUAUGCAUACAAACACAGAUUCACACAAUACAUCGUUUAUACACAAACACACAUUGACUCCACUACAAAUACACUGCAUCACCUACACAAACUGGUAUCCCUAUACACUACAUACCAUAAGCACACACAUUAGAUCCUCUACAAUAACACAUAACACAUCCCCUACACACUCCACUCCCUGUGAGCGAACUCAUGGGUGGAACAUGUAGGUGGACUUUUAGGUGGGCCUUAUGGGCAUACUCACCGUCAGGCCCUGGGACCCAGACCUUGAGCUGUUUAAGGAGCCCCCAAAAAAUGGAGCUGCUUCCCAUUCUACUAGAACUUUGAAUUUUGUGACCACAGUUACAAACAGCCUUCAGAGAUCCUCUAAUACACCAGACCAGUGGAGCCAAACCGCAGCCCCUCAUCAUCCUCAUCUGGUUGUAAUUAGGCAAUCUAGUAUAUUAUUAGUGACACUAAUCUAUAAUUUACCUCACAUUAAAGGGACACUAUAGCUUAAUGAAGUGGUUCUGGUGUCUAUAGCCGGUCCCUGCAGGCUUUUUAAUGUAAACACACACUGUGUCUACACAGUGUCUACUGGUGACCCACAGGAGGGGAUUGCACUGCACUCUCCUCCUGCCCAGACCUGUCUUUACCGCAGUGCAAGCGCCCUCUGCCCCUAAUUUACAGUGGCUCACACUCACAACAAGCAGUGCCUGGAGCCCUUUGCAGCGAUGGGAACAAAGAGGUUCUGCGGCAGGUGGCCGUCCUGCAAGCAUUACAUUAAACAGCUGUUCCCCAUGCAGCCACAGGUGGCGCUGUGCUGGGAGAAUGUGAUUACUCUUCACUUCCUCCCAGCCUACAGCGCAGCGCAUGGGAGAGGGAGAGGAGGAGGCAUGAUUUAAUCUUACAACAAAUCCAUUCAGCAAAUCUUUGGGGGGAUCAGCUCUGUUUGCACAGUUUAUUGGUGUUUACUCUGAUGUCUGUAUUAAUAGUGAGGGAUGUCUAAGUAGUAACAUCAGUAUGUGUCAGCAGGGCCAGACGUUGGGGUGUGCAAGCUGUGCGGUCACGCAGGGUGCCAUGACAACAGAGGCGCCCGGCGGCCAACACAGCUCACAAUUUAAAUGAUUCACUGGUGGUCCACUGGUGCGCACCAGCAGUAGGUGCAGUCAGAUUAUAUCCACUCCCUCAUGGUUCUGGUGCUCAGUUAGUGAGUCAGAGCACAGGCUCAGAGAUUCUCAGCCUGCGCUCUGACAACCCUGAAAGUCAGAGCCGUGAAGGAGCGGUUAUGGCAAAGAGCUACUGAUUAGCAUAACAUCAAUAUCCGUUAUAAAACCAGGUGGGCAUGGAUGGUGAACUGAUUUGGUGGUGCAAUAGGCCACUUGACUGGCCUAAGGCUCCCAGCCCUCCCCUGCCAACCGUUAAAGAGAAUCACAGCUAAGUGCCGCUGGGGACCAACUGGGCACUGCGAAGUCUUCAUGUCGAAAAUAGUUUUGAAAAUAGUUCCAGGGCUUUCGCCGCUAAGUCCCCCCCCAAAGUCCAUUCGUGGUUUUGGUCCAUGCGAAUGGCUGCCAGGGAGAUAGCGUUCGGUUCUAUGCGCACUAAUGGAAAGUGCUGAACCUGGGGGAAUAAAAUAUGGGUCUUUACAGUCGCUGACCUGGCCCAUAGUCGGUGGACAGGUGCUUGUGGCAAACUUGUGAGGACAGGGGAGGUUGUCACAGGCGCCUCUAUUGGCUGUCGUGAAGAAUGCAGGGUUAAAAUAACAGUACCACUGCACUCGGACCACUUAAUUGAGUGCUCAUUUAAUAUAUUGGCUAUUUAGUUAUGUUAGGUAGAAUAUUGGGCAGCUGGCGUAAUUUUUGUAAUGGAAACAAUUCAUUUAGUGCAGUUGGCAAUAUCCAACCUCUGAUACUCCAGCUGCUGUGUACAUCCACUCCCAACACAUUCAUCCAACUCUGUACUGAUAUAACCAGGGCUGAAUAUAAUCCUUAUGCAGGCAAUACCUCGAUUUUCUGCACAAAUACAUUUCACCACACUAGUCAAAUUCCGGUUAAUUUUUAAUCCGUGACCGAUCGAUUUAGUUUGGGCGUAGUAACAGGAAUUUGAUUUGCUCAUCACAGGUGAAAAGGUUUUGUACACAAGUCUAGCAAUAACCCUUGGAUGUCCUCUCAUUAGUAAGCUGCUGUUGUUCAUCUUUUUGUCAACACACAAGGAUGAACUAUUAAAGAAACAAUAAAUCUGGGCUGCUACAGAACUGAAACUCGUAUGAUCCUCAGCCUAUGUGUCCAGCCGCUCCACAUUGUUUGUGAAAAGUCGCUAUUCCACUCCCUCUAGCAUAUAAGCUCAUUGAGCAGGGCCCUCAACCCCUCGGUUCUUCUGUGUCCUUGUCUGGUUACAACUACAUGUCUGUUCGUCCACCCAUUGUAAAGCGCUGUGGAAUUUGACGGCGCUCUAUAAAUAUCAUAAUAAUAAUAUUCAACAGAUAAUAUGCAGAAAGAGAGGUUAAUGCAUAUGCCAUUUAGACUUGACAUGUUUUUGUUUACUGUAGCAUCAUGUUUUUACUAUUUGCGGGAUACAGUCUCUUACGCUGUCUUUACAUGUUGCAGGUUAAGUAGUCAAGGGGGUUCUUUAGAAAGCCACUGGGUGCAACGUUAUUAAAGUAUCACUUGUUGUACGCAUUAUCCUGCCUCUUACGGAAUCUUUGAUCUGCUAAUCUCGUUGAGUGAAAAGCUAAUCCUACUCUCAGACACAAACUCAUAGCUUCUGUCUAUGAAAGGUUAUGUGCAUCUUCUGACCUGCUCUGUAUGUACAGCUAUAUACCAUUCUCGCAAAGGAUUGCUGACAUCAAUGUGCUUCUAUAAUAAGGAAAAAAUGUUGUCGCCCAUCGCAAUGCAUGUACAAGCGUUCUGUUUUUCACAAGGUUUGAACUUUGUCCAUACCCCUUCUUAGUUCUGGUGCAUAGCAUGUCGCUUUGGCGGCACUCAAGCUAUUUUCUGCUAACCGAUGUCACCGCGCAUAACUAACCAGUAUUUAUAAGUACGCAAACCCAGAGUUACAGGGCUUAAAAUAAAUUCCUCUGUUAAGAAAACAAUCUAAGAAUUAUUUUAAAACUCUAAGAAAUAUUUAUAUUAAAAAGUAUGUCAUAGGAAAUACUAGAAUGGUUAUUCCAAAAAAAAAAAGAGAGAAUAUUUGGGAAUUCAAAGUAAAUUUCAAAUUUAACAUUUAAACUGAAAAAAUUGAACGUGAAAAAUUACUGCAGGUCAGUUAUGCCUCCAAUUCAACUAAUUUGGUCCUAAAUUUUAUUCUCAGAAUUCUCACUUUACUAAAUAGCCUUGUGAUGGUUCUUAAAAAUAGUAAUCACCCUACUUAUGCAUCUUAGUAACCCUUUGGGGACAAGAAGAGAGUAAAAUCCUAUGAGAUCAUGACAACUCUGGUGCGUCUGUUAUCCUAGUGGGAUAACUUUAGUUUUUGUUUUUAAAAUUCAAAAAGUUAAUGAGCAAUUUUAAUAAUGUAACAAGAAAGUUUUUGUUUUCUUCAUCCUGAAUAGCAAUUAUAAAUGCUUGAAUUUAAAAAGUAUUUUCAGCUAAUCUGGAAAAUGUUAGGUGUGUGUUUUUUUUAUUUUUAUUUUUUUUAUUUUAAUUUUUUUUUACGUUUUACAAAAAUUGUUAAUAUUAUCUAACUAUCUCAAAGUUUAAAAUAAAUGUUAAAACUGAUGCAGAAUUGGUUAAGAGCUGCAGUCAAAUUGUAAACUAGAUGAAGUUUGAAUUUACGUUAAAAAAAUUCACUGGUGCAAGUGGGUAAGAGCCCGCUUGGUGUUGGCCAGCAAUGUCUCCGCUUCCACUCGAGGAAUCAGUUGUGAGCCGUAAAACCCCUUCUAUCCAUCACCAUUAAUGUCAUGCUAGCUGACAACUGCUGCUUAGUGACAGGAGUAAGGGAGAAUUUUGUAUUUCUCUAUUCGUUGCCUGGGAGCACCAGUGGAUGUGUGGUAGAUGUGAGUAAUACGCCUAUUACCCUGAAACAGAAUAACCAUAUUUGUCCAUAUCGUAAGAGCUUGUGGGGACAUCACUUUCAGGUGCCACCUACUACCAUCCCCAAAAAUGUAUACAGUUGUCUAUCUGUUACUCCACAAUUUGGAAGGACAAAAGAAGAUAAAUUAUUUUCCAAUCCCUCAUGAAUUAAAAUAAGAACCACAAUUAAACCCCUAAAAACGUAGCGAUAUUCAGCAAAAUUAAAAUUCUAUAAAAUGGCACAUAUAUGCACUUAUCAUACCAGGAAGCUGCCUUCUUUCAAAUCUGGCAUUGACAGAGCAAGAACAUUGGACCAGAACAUUGGACAAAAUAUACAGUUACAUUAAUAACAAAAUAUAUAUAUAUAUAUUUUUUUUUUAAAUGUCUUUGUGCAUAUAUUCGUAAUAUUCACGUCUAUAAUAGUAUAUAUUGUUCCCAGCUGCCAAAGCAGUUUUUCUUCCACCCACACCCUGCUCUCAAUGUUAAUGCUGGCCUAGUAGCAAAAAAUUGAGGGUCCCAAGGAUAUAUGCUUAUAAUACAGAUUAUGUUCAAACAGGAUGCAUACCAUCUGUCUUCUUUCACCAGCGGUAAGACAGAGGUAAAUAACUUCCAUGUCUUAAAUCAGAGCUUUAAUAUCACCCUUCAUGAAUGGUAUAGCAUAAUCUGUCCACCCACUGUAAAGCGCUAUGGAAUUUGUUGGUGCUAUAUAAAUAAGAACAUAAUAAUAAUCUGAUGCACAUUGCUUCGCCAUGCUUCUCUACAACUGUGGGGAUCCUCUAUUGCGGGGGAGUUUGUCUUGAAGUGGUGAACUUGUUCCUGUUUUUAAACCUCCUUUUGGGUGAUGGCACUAAAUGGGAGAAAUACGUAAUAUAUAUUUUUAUUCAAAAUAGAGAUAAUCAAUAAAUAGAAAGCAUUCUCUGUUGAUUGUCAGUUGUUGGGAUACCACUCUCGUAACUUGAUUUGGCAGAAAAUACUGGGUGCUGUAAUCGAAAAUCAGCCGGAAGGACAAGAGUUGAAAUCGCUUCUCUAUAACUGUGUGUAAUAAGUGACGUAGUAUCUGCGAAGGAGUAGAUGCACGCCACCCUGUCUGCUACUCGAUAACUCCUGCAUUACACAUUAAUGUCCAAUCUCUGUGUUUAAUCAAGGCUGUGAUAAAAAUUGUGAGUUCUGUGGGGGCUGUGUUGCUGAAAGAAAGCAGAUAUGAAAGGAGGAUUACUCCCACCACCAUUAGCUAAGAUGAGGAGGAACACCCAUGAACACCAGCCGUCCAUAAAAAAUAAAAAAAUUCAGCAUGCCAUUUGCAAAACAGAAUUGCAAAUUGUGACAAACUCUACACAACCAUCCAGAUGAACUUUGUAUAUUUAAUACGUUCAUGGUACCUGCAUGUGGACCUAGAUAGGGCAGGAAAUAAUGGAGGCUUUCAAAUAAAAUUCUCAAUUAAUACAAUUUUAAGUACAAUUGCCGUACAUGAUCCCAGCAUCCAAUGCUUCCUAAUUAGAGGCACUGAAUUGGCGUAGGGGAGUUGAGGAGUGGGACCAUCACACAGGUGGACUCCAGGUUAGUAAACCCUUUUAUUUACAUGUAUUGGGGAGACUCCUGGCCACCCUCUGCCUUCUCGACACUCCACCAUAAUUAAUAAAUGUGUUCUUUAUCAUCUUUGAGUGUUCCUGUGCAAAGAUUGAGCUUUGACAAAGUUACUAGAAGGUCAGUCCAACUGGAUGCAGAGUAGCUAUUAUUCCCAGAAUACUUAGAGGAUGCCUUCUGGCACUGGAACCUGCUAUUUCCUUAAACAAUGAAUAUGCAGAGACUAUUUAGCAUUCCAUCUGGGAGUAUCUGCAUAGCAUAUGGAUCUUAUCAGAAUACAGUAAACAUUCUGCAGAUCUUACACACGGAGAGUCAUGCAGUACAUAUAGUCAGAGAGGAUUAUUCCCUAAAGUCUAAAUUGUCAGCAAUUCAUCGUGUAUUAGGCUGAACUCGAUGGACGCAUGUCUUUUUAUCAGCUACGGAACUAUAUAAUUUCAAAUUUUAGAUCACAAAUGUAAAACUCUUCCUCCCAAAAAGUCUGCGCUUUUUUUUUUGUUUUUUUUGUUUUUUUAAAGAUCGGCUACUUUGGCCUCAAUUUGAAUUUCCAGCAGUUCAAUCAUGAUUGAAUAGCACUCACAGUAUGUUACUAGAGGUCAGGAAGAGUUGUCCUACCUAGAGUUUUUAUUUGUGGGUUUUUAAUUAAUUAAUUUUUUUAGAUAUCCAAAUUAUGAACAUCGCAUUAGCCUAACUAAACAAUUUUACAAACAACUGUCAUAAGGUUUUUCCUGGGUCUCUACUGUCCCUGUAUAAGAGUCCUGCUAAAGAAUCUAGUAAAUUGGGGUGCAGUUUUCUUUGGUCCUAUCCAACAAUGGAGACCCACUGAGAAUGGCAUAAAAACUGUUUUGUGACUUGACUCCCAGGUUAAGAAUUUAUAUACAUUUUGGGAAAAUCCUUGAUGGUUAGAGCAGUGUUACUGUCACUGCCUUAGAACAGGGAAACCGGGUCAGACCACCUCCUUGGACAAGACACUUACCACAAAUCUACGUAGAUUGUAAGCUUGUUUGAGCAACUCUCAAAUAUCCAUUUUCUAUCAUUGCAAAGCGCCGCCCUAUUUAAAGGCUAAUAACCAUGCUGGCGUCAACAAAAAGAGUUAAUCCAAAAAAUCUAUACAGUUUUUCUCUCAAACUUCCAUUAAUAUAGAAUCUAGGAAAUCACAAAAAAAAUAAUAAUAAAAAAAGGUUCUUUUUUUUUUGUGUGUGUGUGUGUGUGUGUGUGUGUGUGUGUGUGUGUGUGUGUGUGUGUGGUUGUUGUGAUGUGUUGACCGUGAAAAUGUUUUAUUCUUACAAAAAGGCCUUGUGAUGGCUUCUGGCCUUAAGAUAACUCUCACAAAUCGAAUGUGUGUCCUGAACUCUCUUUAAGGACGUUGUCACUGAAAUCUAUCAAAUCAAAUCUAUCAAUACACAUAUAUAUACAUACACACAUGAAUAAACCUAUAAAUGUUUACGUGGCUAUAAAUGUUUGUUUUUCUAAGUGAGAAGUCGCCAGUAUAAGAGGGGGAAGGAGAAGGAGGUUGUGGGGUGGUUGCUAUUUCGUACAGGAAAUAUCAUAUGGGAAAGCUAUGUCUAGAGGCCCACUGUGAGGUUAUAGUGGAAACCGAGGAAAAAUUCUGUACUUGUGUUUAUAUAUAAGCUCUAUAUUCAGCACUUUCCUGUCUUCCAGUCAUCAAGAAGGUUCUUUCUCAAACAUUCCUGUGCAAACUCCUCUUGGUUUUUCAGUAGUUUGGCCAAAGUACUAGAACUCUGACGUUUGUAAUGUAUUUUCACAGUUAAGGGAAUGCUGAAGGUAUGAGAACACUCCUUUUGGAAUGCAAAAAAACAGACAAAUAAUUCUAAAGUACACUCAUAAGGCUCACGACUCAUGUGAGACGUGUCCCCCGCUUGUUGGCCCUAAUGAAAGCGCUAGAUGCUUUCACGGCCUCCUGUUUUUGAAGUUUCUUUCCCAGGAAUAUCUGUUUUUUGCAGGUCUAAGCUGCCAAUCCGUAGAGGUCUUCCAGGCCAGUUUAAGGUGGAAAACCAUUGUGAAACCAGUUUGCCUUCUUACCGGAGAACUGUUGCAAGGCACACACAAGAUGAUAUGAUGUUUGAGUAAAUCUUUAACUUUACUCUCCUAAUCCUGGGAGAUUGCUUGAUAAAUUGUGGAAAAAGAGAAAAAUUCAGUUUUAGAAAUAAGCGGGAUCAGCCUGAUAUGCAAAUAGAAUGUCUUUGGAAAGGCACAAGCAAACAAAUACUUGUUUGAGACCUAACUGAAGGGCAAGUGACCGUUUGUUCUUGUUCUCCACGUUCGUAUAGUCUUUGUUUUUUCUUUAAAGCAUUUACUGACCAUAUCAUGUACUUAGACACAUUGAGCAUGGGCAUAAAGGGUUAUUUGGUCUGGGCCCAGAGGAAUUUCCAAAAUACAUUCUUAAUGGCAUGGGUCCUAUUUUUAUAUAGAUCUUCACAAAGUACACAAUUUUUAAUUUUAGUUUUCUAAUUUUUUUUUUUUUUUUUAAGUAAAUCCGUCUUUGGUUUAAAUAUAUCUGUCUGCCAAUUUAGUAAACUUAUAAAUUACUGCUGGGUUUAUCUUGUGAAUGUCAGCCAUAUUCCACAUCAGGAAUGCAUGCACAAGACACAGAAUCAAUGUCUAAACACAUACUGAACUGUGACUGCCAUUUCCAAAGACCCUAGGCCGCGCUUCGUAAAAAUGGAGAGAGAGAGCAGUGCUUUAUUACCCAAUAAUACAGUCUUUUUAAAGUAAAGGUAAAGGGUGUUUGCCUGAGAGGUAUUGUUUAUAUAUGCAUAGUGUGGGUGUGAAUGUAAUUCGAUAGUUGUGCUUAGAGACAUUGUGUUAAAAUGCUGUUAGUGUGUGUGAAUGCAGUUUAGAGUGUUAGAAUGUGUAUAAAUGAUGGUUAUAUAGUGACUACCAUGAAUGUGUAUAGAACUGGAAUGGUGGUAUAUCUUAUCAAUGUGUAUCGGUAUGAUUAUAAAUACACCCCAGUGAGGUUAGUAAAUUAAUAAGGUUGACACAAAAUCUCAAACACAUUGAGAAAAGAGAGAUUACUACUUCAGUUUUCAGGAGGCCUAACAGCCUACAAACCGCAAGAUGAGAUUAUCUAUGGUGUAAUAAGGAGCCGAGCCAAAAAAUGCAAUCAGUUGAAAGUAAGGUCAGUGGAAUAUUAUAUUGCUAAGUAGCUUUAUUCCGCUGAUAUAGAGGUUAUAGGGAAUCUCAAAGAAACAGAACAAUACUCAAAUGGUUGGGAGCCCCUGUAAAAAAGAUUGAGGAAGGAAAAUGCCCAAACGAAUAUCGAAAUUCUUCAGACCUCCCAAACGUGUCAUAAAUCAUUGCUCCAGUAAUCAGACUUAAGUAUACAAGUAAACUACCCUCUAAGGGUGGGUCUACUCUAUAGGUCCUAAUUGCUAACAAAUGAGUAUAAAUGCCAAAACUUCUAAAUCCCAUCUAACUAGUAACCAAAUAAAGAGGAGCGAUAAGGAGGAAGUACCUCAGCUGUGGAGAUGCUGUAGCCCACUUGCCUCUUUGGUUAGUCAUCUGUGUUAUGAGGUUUCUUUUUAAAUAAUCUAAUUGCAAGGAGGUGGCUUGUAGAUCCCUCCUUGUAAUCAGACAAAUACUGAAUGAAGGAAGUUCAUUGGAUAUUUUUCAUCCAUGUUCACUCAGUUGCUCAGUCAUUCCGUCCAUAUUGCAUUUGGUUCAUUUAUUCGUGUUUUGUACAUUUUUAACAAAUUUCACGAAAUACGGACAGAUUUUGCAUUCGUCUGAACACAAAUGUCCAAGUCUAGUUUGUCAUACUAACCUAUGUUCUUCGGUUUACAUUGUGUAUCUAGCACAGUGUAGUUUGUUGAUGUUGUACAAAUAAAUGCUAUUAAUGAAAAGAAUUUGCAUGUGCCAGAUAACCUAUUUAUCUGCCUGUUACAAGGCUGAAGAGGAAAAAAGUCUUGUAUAGGUCUGAAGGGUUGCAUUUUAUAUAGAGUUCUAGGUUUAUUUUUUAACUGAGAACAAAGUGGAUGAGCCGAUAGGCUUAUUUAUACCUCACUGUUCUGGAGGGGUCAUUCUGUUCUGGAGACUCAAUUUAGUCUAUACUCCAUUCCUGAGUUCAUUAUCCACUGUAAGUGGCCUACUAAAAGUGGUGAUUCUACAAUUCGAGACUUUAUUCUUAAAUUGAUAUUUUGUACAAUUAUUGUAGGCCAGGUCACUAGACUGCAAGUCGCUGGAAAAACGACCAUAAGUGAACUCCUUUAUGUAGUUGUCAGGACUAAUAAACCACUAUUAUACCUCUCUUCUUAGGCAUUUGCAAAUCCGGAGGAUGCGAUGAGACAUGGAGGUGUCGAGUUUUUUCGAGAAGACCCUGAUGUGGAACGAUAUCGUAGGUAAGCUUGCCACAAUUCAAAAUCAUAUUCUCCAUUUACAAUGCAGAAAAUCGGUCUCUGGUCAAUAAUUAAACAUUCCCUUAAGGAUUGGUACAACGUGUACUUAGAAAAUUUAUUCAAGCAACAUCCCCGGGACGUAUUUGAAUACAGAGCAAUCUGAAUGUACUUUUCCUGGUUAAAUACUUUGUUGUUAUUAUUGUAUGGCAUGAGAGCGCAAUAAGCUGUUAAAUUGGUCUUGUCCUCCUACUGUCACAUAAAUUUAUUUUAUUUUUAUUAGUAAUCUAUUUUACAAUUUUUUUUUUUUUUUUUUAAACCUCAAUAUAGUUUUCAUACUGUGUGCUUACGUAUACAGUUAGACAAAAUGAACAGCCAAGAACAAACUAAGUUCAUUGUGGCAAGUGUCGAGAGUGAUUCGAAAUUCUGAGUAGACUUAUGCCGAGUUGUUGUAAGUUUUUUUUCAAUAACUUUAUUACAAACUCACAAUGAAAUAACAUUAAAGUGUACCUUCACACUUUCAAUGAGAGAGACUAGUUUGGGUAUAACACUCGAAAACAAAAUGACCAAUAGUUUCAGCCUAACUUAAAUGUUUGGGUUUUUUUUUGCUCAAUAUUUCAAGCGAAUCAACUAGUUUGUCUUGCGCGUGACUGAUAAUCGGACAUUACCUUGCAUUGGUAUGUGACUCCGUUGGUUAUUGACCUACCUGAAUUCUUGCUGUGUUUCACCUUUUAGUCUCUGUACGUGAUUGACUGCUAAAUAAUUAGCAGAGUUUAGUUCAAAUUGCUCUCCUUUUAUGUAUAGAAGUGACAUUUAAAGUGGAACUGUCCCUCCUCUGGCCUUUACAUCAUAAAACCUUGACAAUCACCUAUAAUUAGUGUUAACCUUUCGCCAUUUAAUGCGCCAUGUUCUUUUAAAUUUAUAUUACAUGUUUAGCAAAUUGCCUCUUAAUCCAGUUCAGACAAGGUAAAACCAGAGCAAACAUUGCAAAUGAAGAGGUGAGACAGACACACUGUUUCGUUCGUUGUUUGUUUUCUCUACACUGAAUGCCAGAUGCAAAGGACAGAGCUAAUAAUAAUAAUAUUUGUCAGGGAGCCAACAUGGAGCCGCCCAGUAACAGGAUAAAGGAUUGUGGAUCUCUACAUUAAAUUGUAUUUUUCACACCACAUAAAUACAUAUUUAAAAAAUAUAGGGAUAAGUAAAUAUAAUAAAAAUACUGGAACUUGACAGUGACGCUUUAAUUUUGACCUCUCCCCAAACUGGUAUUGCUCAUUUAAUGCAGAAAUAUCAACUUAUUUUUUUUAUCUUUUUUUCUUUUUUUUUUGCAGUUUUUUUCAUUUUUAUGCUUGAAAAAUCUUGUUUCCUUUUAAUUACAUCAGCCCCCCCUACAGUGUAGGUUUAGGGGUCUUUUUGAUGGGAUCACUCCUUGAAAUGCCUUUUCACAGCUGUUUAUGACCUGAUCUAAGCUGUUUAGACAGAGGGAACAUUAUUUUCCUUGCGCAAAUCACUUUAUAAACACAUUUACUGAUGUUUAAACACACAUCGUAGUGUGUUUUUAAUAGCCAGGGAGUUCUGUGUUUAUAGCGAAUUACUGUGACUUUUCUUGCUGUUUAACACUGUUAUUGCAUGGUUUAUGGAUGUGAAGCUUUGAAGUUAAUUCAUACACAUACCAUAGUUUAAAAAAAAAAAAAAAAAUGCUUUGGAGCUCUGGGAUAUCCAUAAUGUUGACCAAAAAUGCUAUGGAGCUCUGUGAUGCACUACUGUGGGUUUUUAAACUGGAGCUCAGUGAUACACUAGCAUGCUGUCCAGUCCAAUAUUUGAAAUGGUUUUAUUGUGGAGCUCUGUAAGAUACAUAAUGCUGCAAGCUUCACUGCUGUGGAGCUCUGUGCUGAACAGACGCUUAGAAGAGAUAAAACAAAAAAAAAAGAGUGGUUCAUUAAAUUGCAAAUUGGAAUCAAAGUGGUAACAUUUAAGAAUAAUGUAGCCAAAUAUGUUUGGAUCAAUUUUGCCACUUGGGUUUCAAUUCACUAAACCUCAAAAUUUUGUGAAUAAGACAGAACAUGACUUCAAGAUGAAUUUAAAUUUUUAGACCAAAAUAGAUUGAUUUUAAAAAAAACAGCUGAGAAUUAUUCUUAUUCAGCUCAUUUUGGGUAAAAAUUUGAACUCUCAACAUUCACACUUUAGUGAAUAAUUGUCCGUGUUUUGUAAAAUUUGCCUAAAUAGGUUGUUUUAGCAGAUUCUGUACAGAUUUUAAACAAAGUGUGGAUGCCUUUUUGAAAAAAAAAAAAAGAAUUUUCUUAAAUAUAAUAGUUUAGUUUGUUGAUCCAAAAAGUAAUCUAUUUGCCAUUUUGGAGUUAAAUUAAGGCAAGUAGGAGAAACCUAUUAAUGUACAGCGUGCAAAUACAAACUGAAUGUAAAGGGUGUAAUCACCACCCCCACAAGUGGUUUCAUAUCUCAAAGAAGUACCUGCACUCGUAUGUAAAAUGCAAAUCAAAUUUUAUUACACAAUCAAAGAUUAAAAUACAGUGCGCAUUAAUCUUUAUACACCCAUCGAGGAACAAUAAUCAAAUAGUUGAUAUACAAUGAAUUUAUACUAUAUGCAUAAUUUCUCGUAUAUAGUCUAUAAACAAAACACAGCAAAAAACUCCCCCACUGUAAGAAAAAUUUAAAUUAGAAAUAAGCAAAUUCAUAAAUUGCUGUACAAGAUCAAAAAGAUCAGUCAAAAGAGGACAGAAAAAUCACCCAACGUUUCAGCACAGACAAAAAAAAAUAAAUCACCCAAUGUUUUGGCACAUUUUAACCAUUUUGAUUACUCCCCAUUCCAAUUUGGGGAGGAAAAUUGGAAGUCACUUCAAAUUAGGAUUUUAUUUUUUUUUGCCGCCAUUUUGAGUAUAUAUAUGUGUGUGUGUGUGUGUGUGUGUGUGUGUGUAUGUAUGUAUGUGUAUAUAUAUAUAUAUAUAUAUAUAUAUAAUAUCAUUUUUUUAUUUUUAUUUAAACUUGAUGGAUUUGAAUCUUUUAUUCCAGCCUAUAUUAGUAUUUAAGUUGGUAUUUGAAAAGGGUAACGUGCAAUUUCAAACACAGCAGGAAUGUUUACUUUAUCGAAAUCUUCCUUUCCACCCUUGAGCCGAUCUAAUAUCCGUCUCUGCCGUCUGUAUCCACUCUAAGCCCUCCCUCCCCCAAAAUGCAGACCCAUUAGGGCCUCCAAAUGUCAUUAGUAAGUGAAGCCCUGAAAACCACUAUGUCUGGGAAGUAUUAAAACCUGGCAGUUCUUAAAUGUUAAUGUGUAGUUUGGCCAACACCCACGUCAUGAAGCGAUCAGUGGAAAUAUGUUUUAUUUUUCCACAAGGUGUAAUGCAAUCUCGUUUUUCACUUCUUUUGGACAAAUUCUAACACACUCCGAGGCAAGUCACCGGAAAAAAAUUCUUAAAUGAUUGCUGGACCGGAUGACUGUGGGCAAGGUGUGGCAAAAGAAGGCAUCUGUACCCCGAAAAUAUACAAUAGAGGUGCAAAUAUAUAUAAUGAAAUAAUAAAAAUAAGAGCAGCUACACGCAUCCACUAGCGACUAUGAAUGAGUGUAAGCUCAAAGGUUUAAACAAAGCGUGAGCGCUCUUUACUCAUGAAACAUUUUGAAGAUAUAUAUAUAAACCAAUAAAACAGUAUUUUAUUCCAAGAAAUUUAUAUAUAAAAAAGAAAAAAUAAUAACAAAUAUAAAUAACAGAUCAAAGAUGACCUAAACCUGCUGAGAUGAGUAUAAAAAACAAUGUAUCCCUUAAAAAGAGUAAAUAUAAAUCUACAGAAUUGCAAGAUGCACAGCUGAGUCAGAAGGGUUAACUCAGACACUAGGUAAAAAAUAACAACAAAGUGUAAGAGUAUUAUCCCCACCAGACUUAGAAACAAAUAUAACAACUGUAACAAAUGAUACAAAACUAAGUAUGUGCUGUAAAAUACCUUUCCUCGGUGUGGGCCCCCCACCGAGGUACAUAAAAAAUAAAUAAAAAAUGAUGAGUGGUGCGAGCUGGAGGCAGUGAUGAUAUGCUUCAAGAGAUGUUAAAGUCCAGCGAAAGGCACACAGGAUUCCUCAAAAUGCUAUGAAGUAUAUCGCGGUCGGGAUCUUCAAAAAAGACCGCGAUAUAUACAGAAUACACUCACUGCCGCCGCUCUCAAUAGCUUCGAUGCCAGGUAAGUUCAUCCGAUGGGGAAAAAAGCGCCAAAGAACAAAAACCGCUUCCUGCUCUCACUCCUCAAUCACAGCAGGUGUAAGUUCAUCCGAUACACCCGUCUACGCGUUUCGUCCCUCCCACGGGACUUUUUCAAGACAGGAACUGCAGUGUGAAAUAACCCAAUAUAUAUACCCCACCAUCAAAUAAAGCAGGAUUGGAUUCACUUGCAUAUACAUAGCAAGUCUUAACAAGGUAUAGAUGAGAUUAAAUAUAAAAGAAAUAAAUAUAAAAGCAUUCAAAAAUAAAACCUAAUAUUCAGGUCAGGCAACAGAUACAAAACACAAUAUGUGUAACAUAUAUACCCCACCCCUCCCUCCCCCCCAAAAAAACACAAAAAACACAAAAAUGCAACAUAUUAAAGAUUAUUUUUUAAAAUAAAGGGACAGCAAUUAACUGUAAUAUCUCAAAAUAAUUCUAGUUCCUCAUUUAAGCCAUUAGGUGACAUAGAGUUCAGCUUAAAGAUCCACACUGAUUCAGCCUUUAUUAAUUCACGUUUUCUCUUCGCUUCAUCCUGAUGGAAGGGGAUAUGUACUAUUCCCAUUAAUUUAAGACCAACAGGAUUAUUAUCAUGAAAGAUAGUGAAGUGGCAAGCCACCGGGGAUCUACUAUCAUUACGUAAUAUGGCUGUCCUAUGACCUGAAUAUUAGGUUUUAUUUUUGAAUGCUUUUAUAUUUAUUUCUUUUAUAUUUAAUCUCAUCUAUACCUUGUUAAGACUUGCUAUGUAUAUGCAAGUGAAUCCAAUCCUGCUUUAUUUGAUGGUGGGGUAUAUAUAUUGGGUUAUUUCACACUGCAGUUCCUGUCUUGAAAAAGUCCCGUGGGAGGGACGAAACGCGUAGACGGGUGUAUCGGAUGAACUUACACCUGCUGUGAUUGAGGAGUGAGAGCAGGAAGCGGUUUUUGUUCUUUGGCGCUUUUUUUCCCCAUCGGAUGAACUUACCUGGCAUCGAAGCUAUUGAGAGCGGCGGCAGUGAGUGUAUUCUGUAUAUAUCGCGGUCUUUUUUGAAGAUCCCGACCGCGAUAUACUUCAUAGCAUUUUGAGGAAUCCUGUGUGCCUUUCGCUGGACUUUAACAUCUCUUGAAGCAUAUCAUCACUGCCUCCAGCUCGCACCACUCAUCAUUUUUUAUUUAUUUUUUAUGUACCUCGGUGGGGGGCCCACACCGAGGAAAGGUAUUUUACAGCACAUACUUAGUUUUGUAUCAUUUGUUACAGUUGUUAUAUUUGUUUCUAAGUCUGGUGGGGAUAAUACUCUUACACUUUGUUGUUAUUUUUUACCUAGUGUCUGAGUUAACCCUCCUGACUCAGCUGUGCAUCUUGCAAUUCUGUAGAUUUAUAUUUACUCUUUUUAAGGGAUACAUUGUUUUUUAUACUCAUCUCAGCAGGUUUAGGUCAUCUUUGAUCUGUUAUUUAUAUUUGUUAUUAUUUUUUCUUUUUUAUAUAUAAAUUUCUUGGAAUAAAAUACUGUUUUAUUGAUCUGUACCCCGAAACCUAUAGUUUAGUUCUUCAGGAUUUUUUUUUCUUUACUGAUUUUUUUUUAUUUUUAUUGGGCUUGAAGCCAUUAAAAGCUCAAAGUUACAGCUAUUAUUACUGUUUUACUGCAUCACACCAAUACUUUAAAGGAAACCUAUCCCCCCUUUUUUUUUUAAAUGCUAGCUUUUUAUUAUAGCAUCUGCAUGUAUUCUUUUAUAAUGUCUAAAUAUAAAGCAAUGCCUUUUCUUCAUUGGUCCCUUUGGUGUACACUUGCUCCAUGGGGGCAGCCAUCUUAAGUAAUCUUUAAUCAGAAGCAUCACUUAUACAAUGUCCAUGCUGUUAACGGAGAGAGAGUUCACAUUCACUCAUUCAGAUCUGCACAAGUGACUGGCAUCUCAAAAAAUACGGGGUUAUCUGCUCCAAGAGAUUUUAAAGUCUGUCACCACACAAAAUUGUCAGGAGAUGUAUAAUAACAAGUCAUCUUUUAUUUUAAUUUAUAGUAAAAAUCUAGUUUUUUCCCUUUUUUUUUUUUUUUAAAUAUGGUUUAAUCUCUUCAUAUAGAACACUUUUUUUUAGCCUAAUUCUUAUUGAAUCAUUGUUCUAUAAACCUGACUCCAGUCUUGUUUUCUCUGUAUUAAAGAGACACUGGAAGCACUUUCAUCUUAUUGAAGUCGUUAUAGUGCCUGCAGUUUUGCCCUCCUCCUGUUCUACCACCAAAACCCAAUAUUAAACUAAUUACAAGGCUUGGUAAUAUGGCUUUAAGCCAUGCAUUUUUAAGCCUUCUGGAUAUGAGAGCAUGAAAUCUUACUUACCGAUUCUCACACCUUAACAUACCGUGCCGUUGCGUGCAUGUGCAUUGUUAUAGUCUGUCACAGAGAAUCAUUGAAUACACAGAUUCUCUAUGGAGGAAUUGUAGGUGUAUUGUGUUGAGCUCCGCGCAUGUGACUACAUUCCCCUCUAUGAGGAGCAUUGGAUUGGCCCAUCAUCUGGGAGAUUGCAACCCAUGGCGGUCGUGAUUGCGCUAAGGGAAACUCGGCGCUGGAGAAAAGGUACGUAAUUUGUUUAAUUUUCAUAUUUUUUCGAUUUUAUUUUUGUACAGUUGAAGGGAGACAAAAUGAUAAGUGACUGCAAUGUUCCUUUAAUGCUUAGCCUAGGCUGCAUUCAUCUUUAUAACCAUUAAAAUUUGUCAGUGUUUUGUGGUGGCAUGUUUUAUUGGUUAAAAUGACCAUUAUUGCAGUGACACUGACUCUGACCCAGUAGUUCUUUUUGUUUACUGUAAAUGCCUUUUGACAGUAUCUCUUGGUUAGUCCAGACAUUAGCAAUUCAUUACCUAAGAGCAAUAAUGUCACAACUAUAUUGUAAGAACAUGCACACAAUAGGUAAUAUCAAAAUGAUAAAACCCCGGCCUGAUGAACGGAACGACAACGGAACACCAGGAGCCAUGUAUUGUCCUGAUUGGCUUUCAGUCUUUAACCACAUAACCAAUCAUUCACCUUAUUGGCUUCCCAUCUUUACCCAAAUAACCAAUCGGACUUACUUACUUACUUACUAACCUACAUUGAAACAAAAUUGCAAGGUUGGCUAUGAACAUUUUAUUUUUACACUGUAUAAUUUAAUGUAGACUUAUACACAACAAUCAGUGCUAACAUGACCAGAAUAUUGAAGAUUUGACGCAGUGUCACUUUUAUGCCAAGUUAUUCAGGGCUUUUAUAUCAAGACUUGUGUUUUUUUUUUUUUGUUUCUUUUUUUUGUAUCCUCUGCAAAAACAAACCACCUCAAAGCAAAUAUUCAGUGUGUUUUGGUUUGUUUGGAAGAGAGAGAGAAAUAUUUAUUUACUAUUGAGAGCAGACGGCUGAUGUUCUGCGUAAAUGGUGUAAAAGACUGUCAUGUGAUAUUCCUCGCUACCACAUGAGUCAUGCAUACACUUUGCAACGUAUAUUUACACCCGUCUUUCCGGCUUAUUUUGCUGAAUGUAAAUGGCCGGCCUGUUUCAUAACAGGGCAUCGCUGAAGCAGGGGCUGUAUGGUUCUUUUUUGGGGGAGGAUGAAUUGUUGCUAUACUGUUGGUAAUAUUAAUGAUAAAUAAAUCCAGUUUAGGCUGCUCAGUCUCCCAUUUAGAAGUAUGUUUGUUUUUCUAUGUUCCCCUUCCCUUCAUUCUAUAGGUCUGACUCGGGGACAGUGGAAACAGUGAAACCACUUUCUCAACUCGCCACUUUCACCCCACAUCCUCCAAAAUAAGUAUUUCAGAAAGAUCACAUUUUUGUGAGAUACUCGCACUGAUCGUUUUGCAAUUUAACUGGAUUUCCAACACAGUCAAAAGAUAUAUUGAGACAACAUACAGGCUACUUUAUCUUGGUAGGUUUCCUACACUUAAGAAAAGGUACAGCUGCCGUUUUGAAGUUUUGUGAAUUCCCCCAACCGUGAUUAGUGACAGCUGUUGCAGGAAAGAGCAUAGUCUAUGGAUGUUCUGACGGUCUUGCAGUAUCCUCUACAUACCUCAGUGUUGUAUUCUCUCACAUGUGAGUACAGCGGUGACAUCCGAGUUGCACAAAAUUCGUCCGAAUGUACAUUCGGAAUGAAAUGAAUUGCACAUGUCUACUAGGUAACAAAGUGCAAUGUCAAUUAGAACCAAGGCCAGUAAGGUAUUGUUGUGUAUAAAAAGGAUAUUAAUUCUCGGGAUGAGAAUAUCAUUUUGCCUCUUUAUAAAUCACUGGUAAGACCACAUCUUUACUAUGCUGUGCAAUUUUGGGCACCUGUCCUAAAGAAGGAUAUUAUCGCUCUAGAAAGAGUGCAGAGGCGGGCUACAAAAUUAACAAAAGGAAUAUAACAUUUUAGCGUUAACGAAUUUAAACCUCUUUAGUUUAGAAAAAGUCGCCUCAGAGGGGAUAACAUUAUACAAAUAUAUCCGGGGCCAAUACAAACCAUUGUGUGGAAAUCUAUUCACAAACCGUACUAUACAUAGGACACGAGGUCAUGUAUUUAGACUGGAAGAAAGAAGAUUUAGUCUAAGGCAAAGGAAGGGUUUUUUACCGUACGAACAAUAAGGAUGUGAAAUUCUCAGCCCGAACAAGUGGUUUUAUCAGAGUCCGUACAGAUGUUUAAACAGCAACUAAAUGCAUACUUCCAAAAAACAGAAUAUUCAAUGAUAUAAUUUUUCAACUGUAGGGUAAUAGCUUCUUGAUCCAAGGAUCAGUCUGACUGCCAUUCUGGGGUCAAGAGUGAUUUUUUUUUUUUUUUCUUAGUUUGUUGCAAAAUUGCAAGUUCUUCAAACUGUUUGUUUUGUUUUUGUUUUUUUGGUUUUGGCCUUCUUUUGGAUCAACUGCAAAAACCAAAUGUGAGGAAGGCUGAACUUGAUGGACACCUGUCUAUUUUCAGCCUAUGUAACUAACUAUGUAACACAUCCCAAGGGGUUUAAGGUUUUUGUUCUCUCUCAUUCCAUUUGCUGUGAAAUACACAGACAAACAUAUAUGCAUACAUGAACAGUUACUUUCCACUGCUAACAGCAUUAAAGGGAUACUCUAGACAUUAUAACUACUUCAACCAUUUGAAGCCGUUAUAGUGCCUGCAAUACUCUGGCACCAUGCCCUGUCUGAUUGCUAAACAGAUUCUAAGUGGAUAAGGUUCCCUACCUCGAUGGACAGAAUGGCUAAGGCAGAGUUACGCCAGAUCUGGUCAUACCAGCAAUAGCACGCAGUCCUCUGCUAAUAAUGAAUUCAAGUCGUUAUGGAACCUAGAGUGUCUCUUUUUAAUUUUGUCUCUCUGCCCUUUCUGAUAUGCCAGUAGCCUCUAUUUCACAGCACUCUACAAUCAUUUUAAGGCCAAGUGAGCUGCAGAACAUGAAAUGAAAAUGGAGAGAAGGACCAGAUUGAGGGAGCUUGUAAUAUGGAAAGUUUUUGUCUUCAUUCUUUAGUCAUUUGGGGCUUGUUUUUUUACUAACUAAAAGGCAACCUGGUCUGUCUUAUGAGACAUUAGUAUGAUUGAGUCAGUGAAGAGGUAUGUGACGAUGGUAGUGAAGAAGACAUUCCGUAUAAGGCUGUGAUGGCCGGGAGGAUGGAUUGCAGAUGUUACCAGCAGAAGGUCUCUGUUACAUUGUGUCAAACUUUCCCCACAGAGAAAGCUAUUUCUUCUUAGCUGUGGCUGACCAGAGCUGGGCCAAGUUUAACCACAGUACUGUUUGUCCAGAUUGUGAAAAACGUCCCUAUGAAAUAAACAAGGAAGCUUACAAUUUCUGUCUUUCCUCUGAAUUUCACACCUAACGCAAUACUGGGCCGUGAGUGUUAACAUUUGUUUUUAGACAAUGGUACCGCUUUCUUCACACACUCUCUCUUCCUGUCUCUUUUUCUACCACACUCUCUACUUGUCUCUUUUUUUCUAUGCCUUUUUGGUCUAUCUCUCUCUCUGUCUUUCUUGCUCUUUCUCUUCCUCUUCAUCUUUCAGUGUUAUGUGUCUCUCUCUUUUGCUGUCUCUUUGUGUCUCUCUCUCUUUAACUGUCAGUGUGCAUUUCUCUUUCACUGUCUGUGGGCGUUUCUAAUUUGUUCACUGUCUUUGCGUGUGUGUCUCUCUUUAAUGGUCUGUGUGUGUAUUUCUAUUGUUCACUGUCUGUGGGCGUUUCUCUCAUCCACUGUUUUUGUGUGCCUCUCUCUUUCACUGUCUGUGUGUGCGUGUCUCUCUCUUUAACUGUCUUUGUCUGUCUCUUUCCGCUCCUCUGUUUUCUCAUUUUUGUUUGAACCCAUGCAUUGGAAUGGAUAAGAGGUUUUUAUGCUGUCCAGCAUCUCUUGUUCAGACCUCUACAUUGCAUAAGGUAUGUGUAGAAAGAGCACUAAUUUGGGACCUAAGUCUUAAAGGAGUCCAUGAAGCACCAUCACUACUACAACAUACUGUAGUGGUUAUGGUGGCAGGAGUCUCCUGGAUCAAACCUUAUCCCACCGUGAGGGGUUAAACCAUUUUGAAUGGUUUGACACUUACAUGGGAUCCUUGGGUACCCCCGACCCUCCAAACAAUUCUCAGUAAAGUGCAGGAUGAAUGGACAAGAUUGGACAGAAUUUAUUGGUUGAGAUGUUCAGCUGGGCCAAAACUGAUAUAUCUGCAGCAAUUGGCGAACUGAUUAUAUUGGAAUUCCAAUCUAUUCAAUUCUAAUGCAAUCCAAACAUACCAUGUGACAAUAUAUCAGGACCACCAUCGAUGGUGUAUGUUUGUAUCAGAGUUUGUGUUUUUGUGUAUGUGUACAGCAGAGUGUGAGUAGCUGUGUGUGUGUCUGUGUAGCAGUGUGCAUGUGUUUAUCAGAGUGAUUUUUUUUUUUGUAUAUGUUUAAGAGUGUGUCUUUAGUUCUUUGUGUGUGCGUGUCUUAAUGUGUAUUUGUGUGAGUGCCUGUCAGUGUGUAUUGAGUUGUGUCUGUGUGUAUCCAUGAGACUGCUUGCUUGUGAGUAGCCUUACGGUGUAUUGGGUGGCCAGAGCUGUAGUUUUGUGAGGGGGGGGGCUCCAUAAAUUCUGAUGGCGACUUUGCAAAGUAGGGACUACUUUGUCUUAUGGACAAACCUGAGGUUGACAUGGUGUAUCUCCACCAUCAAUUUGUGUCCAAUCCCAGGCUUAGGGAUUCAGGCAUUGUUUCACUCCUUGCUCUAGCCCAGUCUUUUUCAGGCAGAUGAAGCAUCAGGAGCUGAAGAAGAUCUGCUGGAAUUGGUGGUGGCUGCAAGGGACAGCUUUGGUUAAGUAAACCGAUCUUUCACUGCACUCUACAGCCCCCAGACCCUAACUGGAGAUGUCACAUUUGGGGGUCUCUGCAAAAUAUGAAAAAGACCCCUGUAAGUGCAAAGGGGACUUUAAGAAUGUUUGCCCCGACUCUAUACUUAUUUGCUCACAUGCUUUGGCUCUAUUUAUACACUAACCACUCAACCAGGUGAUGUCCAGAUGAUGCACAGACCAGUUGGCUUGUCAGAAUGAAUAUAUACACUGGGUGAAAUUAUCAGGACUGUCCAACCAAAUCAGGACAUUUGGCAAGAUUGCAGUCUGUUUACAUGAAUUGCCAAUCUUCCCAACAGUCGACAAUUUAAAAGUGUUUGUGACUUUUGUCAUUAUUGCAUCUGUUUUACACUCAAAGUAGCGCUGUUGCAUUCAUUGUGAUAAGUGGUUGCCAGGAGAAACUUGUUGGGUUAGCUGUGCUAAUGGCAUAUCGGAUGGGCACAGUGGAUUAUUGACCGUCACAAGCAAGGUUGCCUAGUGCAAAACAAUAAGAAUAAACAUAAUUUCUAUACAAAGAAAAUAAUUAUCAAUUAUAUAAAAACUAGAAUAAACCUUUUAAAGGGAAACGCUAACCGUUGUAUUCAUUUUAUAUCCUUGGCUAAUGUGAUUGGGCAAGGUUUCCUUUAAAGGGGCACUCUCAGUAACAUAUCUAACCCAGCUCAUCAAAGUAGUUAUAGUUAAUGGAAUUCCCUGGCACUGUCCCUAUGUUUGAUAUAAUAAGACCGUAUAGGAAUCUUUGCAUGUAAACGGAGGUUCUUACAUUAAACUAUUCCAAAACAGACUGACAUUAAAGGGGGGGAUAGAGCCAGGGGAGUCUAGGUAAAAUUAUCACUACAUUAAACCGCAGUGAUCACUCCGCUUAGAAUGCCUGUCUUAAGCUACAUUUCCAUUCAUCAGAUGAACAUAGCAAUUUGUUCCGGAUUUCCUGCCUUGUUCUUAGUGUCUUGACACGGAAUGGACAAUCUGCAUGAUUUCCUUUUAAUUGAUAGCAAGACUUUUCCCAACACAUUCUUUCCUGAAUUGGUAUGUGGGUGUGCGUGCAUUAAUAUUAUGACAUUAUAAUCUAUCAUUUCUCCAGCAUGUUACAAACUAUUUGUUUGUAGCUUAGUGCUUUUACUUACAGGGCGUGAUACUUGUGAGACAGGGAAAGUACUAUCCAAGGUGUUUAAAGACAAGAUAAAAUUAUCUAUAUAAUAACCAGUUUCUUUUGUUCCAUGGUAAAAACACUUAGUAGAUCACUAAAUGACAUACAAUACUGGGUCCCUCCACAGUUACAGGGUGUUCUGCCUCUUGGUCUCCAACUCUCCAUCCAGUAUUAUUCUGUCUUUUGAAAUAUUAAUUUUAAUUCAACUUUAACGCUAUUGGUCAAAUGGGACCCUCUACAAAAAUUCCAUCAGAAGGAAUUUAGAUUCCCAACAAAGACAGAUACGUGUAACCGGUAAACCACAGGAUGGCACCGGGGGACUGAUGGCACCAUAACUACUACAGAGCACUGUAGUGAAUAUGGUGCUUACAGUGUCUCUAUAAUUGAAAGAAAGGUAUAGAGGGAUACACUGGGGUCCUCUGUUUAUCUGCACCACUGGAUAAGAUGUAGGAUGUUAUAGUUCAUAUAAUAUCAUUCAGCACAUGGGCUGUCCUGAUUUUAUGAUUAUUUAUUAUUUUUAAAUUUAUUUAUUUUUGCAUUUUUUUUUAACUUAAAGCCACUUUUAACUAUGACCUGAAUUUUUUUUUUUCCUGAGGAAUCCCAUGUCGAACAUAAAGUAGGAAAUGUGGAAAAGAAAUCUGCAGACCAGAUGUGACUUGUAAAGGUUUAUUUACUAAACAGUGAAUUGUAAAACAUUGCUCGUUUGGGCCAAAAAAGUAAUUUUGGAACAUGUUUCUUUUCAUCUGGCUCCUUUUGUAACUUUCUGCGCUGAUCCCGUGAAGGAUUUUAGCUCGGUAGCUGACAGGAGCCUUUUGUCUUGCUCUGCUGUGCCAGUAAUAAAAUAGUUCAGGGUUUCCAAUAAAGGAAAGGCUUGCAACUCUGUGAUUGUUUUUAAAUGGAUUCAGUUUUUGGCAGGUAAGAGGAAUGUAACGGCUGGAAUGUUCUUAUUUCAUUAAACUAACAAACAAUAUCCAGAUCUAGAAGGAUCGGCCUAGAUGCUCGUGGCUCUUGGUAGUUUGAAUAAGGUACGCCCUGGGCUCAGCCUUCUUGGUGCCCUAUACACAUACCUCACAAUUUAUGCAUCUAAUGGAUCUUAUGUACACAGAGUUCUAAACACCGUUAUUGUGGUUUAUAAACCAAUUACUGUAUUGUUGCUGUGGAGCUCUGUUAUACACUCAGACGCACUAACCAUAUUGAGCUCCUAGAAAAGAGGGCUAUUGGGAUAGAAAAGUGGGACAGAGGGAUUUGUGCCCAAAAUAGGGACUGUCUCUCCUAAAUAGGGAUACUUGGGCGGUAUGCCAAUACUCACUCUGUACUGUGAGAGUACACUCCAACCUUCUUUGUUAAAAGGACACUAUAGUUACCAAAACAACUUUAACUUAAUGAAGCAGUUUUGGUGUAUCAAUCAGCACUUGCAUUCUCACUGCUCAAUUUUCUGCCGUUUAGGAGUUAAUAAUCACUUUGUUUAUGCAGCCCUAGACAUACCUCCCUGCAUGUGACUUGCAUAGCCUUCCUAAACACUUCCUGUAAAGUGAGAUCUAAUGUUUGUACUUCCUUAAUUAAACUGUCUGUUUGAUUUAAUAUUUCUAAUCUCAUUCACUGUUAAUAGCUUGCUAAACCCUGCAGGAGCCUCCUGUAUGUGAUUUUAAAGUUUAAUUUACAGAUCAUUGGAUCAAAACUUAUAAAGUUAACAUCUGAUUGGAAAUGACACUUUCAAAUUUAUUUUAUUUUUAAUGCAGGCGGCGUUAGUCAAAGCCAAGGGUGUGGCUAGAGCUGCAUAAACAGAAACAAGUGAUUUUGUUGACUAUUAUGUCUGUUUUAUUUUUAUGUUUCAAUUUAAUGGAUUUAAAAGAAACAAAUAAAGAAAACACAUGCAACAUUAAUUUUUUUUGCCAUAAGGAACACCUAUUUUAUCACAAAGAUAGGUCAGCAGUGUUGUAGUAACUGAUUAAACGUACCGGUACAGUAGUGUAUGCAUUGCCGGUCUGGGAUGGAUCCUGUGAAACCACUGUAUCUUCGAUUAUCUCACUGAUGUGAAAUUAGACAACUUGAUUAUCGAUUGCUGCACAGUAAGCAGACAUACUGAAUAUUAUUUAUAAGAAAUAAUGUCAACACAGGGUUAAUAACGAAGUAAUGAUAAGUCAUAUGACAAUGCAAUGGUUUGUUGUCUUUGAUAUAGUUAAAUGAUAUGCAUGAUGCUACGACUUGACAAAGAUACCAACAUGUGUGGCACUAUGCCUGCCUUGUGGCUGAAUGACCAUCACAAACUGAUACUGCGGAAUGUUGAGAAAUAUUUAAUUGAGCUCAUUUCAGAAUGAUAAGCACUUCCACCAAUUGCUACCGUCCUUGAUCAUGGUAGAAGUGUAGCCAGCAUUCUGCAGGGACUGGGAAAAGCCCUGAUGUUUAUCAAACCGCUCCUAAACAGUUUGAUAUAAUAUUGGAGGAUGACACUCUCUAAGCUAUUAAAAAGAUACUCUGUGCAUCAAACACUUCAUGAAGUAAUUAUGGUUCCCUGAGUCCCCCAGCGACUUCUUACCUUCCAGUGUUAAAGUGUGUUCAGACAAAGUGAAUUCCCAGAAUCCUGCUUCCUCUCCUGCUGUGAAUGUGGAAGCUGUGAUAGGCUGAGGGCAGCCAAUAUCAGGGGUCUUCACUUCAGUGUUGAACAGCCCUGCGGAAUCUGUUGGCACUUUAUAAAUACCAGUAGUAAUAAUAACCGUGGUUUAAUACUUAAGAAGGCGCCAGGGUACUCUGGACACCAUUACCACUUAAUUGACAUGAAGUAUCUAUAGUGGUUGUGGUGCCUGGAGUGUUCCUUUAAUAAUACAAAGCCUAUUCUAAGUUGUAUGUUGCUUUGUAGCUAUCUAAAGGAACACUAUAGCGUUAACAUUUUUUUUAUAUGUCCCUACAGUAGUUCUAUCCAGGUGUCCCGUCCCCCACAUGCAAUAAAACCUAAUAAAAGAAACGUGUUUUUUUUUUUUGUUUUUCCCCAGCAUCAAGUCUUUUUUGGUGCUGCUUACCUCUCUGCGUUGGGUCCUGAUGUGAAUUCUGACAGCCAUUAGAGAUGGAUUUAACCCUGGAAUGUAAAACUAAGUUUUAGAUAGCAGGUUUACUGCAUCCUGACCACUGCAUCAAGAUAAAGUAAUCUGGGUGACUACAGUGUUCCUUUAAAUUAGUUCCAAUAAGUUAACAUAUUGUUACAAUUUAUGAUGCUUAUACUGUGUUUCCCCGAAAGUAAGACAUCCCCUAAAAAUCAGCCCUAGCUUAUUUUCGGGGGAUGCUCAUAACAUAAGCCCUAGUAGCUAGUUGCUUGUUUGCUAACGUAUGUUCGGGAAAUUUUCCCCGAACAUAGAUGUGGCAAACCCUGCCACUUGGACUAAUUAUUCUGUGUGAAUAGGUGUAUUUCACCAAGGGAAUAACCACACGAAUUGACUUUCAUGUUAUUGUAAUGUUUUUAUUCGAAUGUCUGAAACUACUGAAUGGGAGACCACCCCGGGGUGGUCGUGUGUUUCCCAUUAACAGAGUGAUACAUUGUUGCGAAGGGAAUUAAGUACCUGUAUGUGUGGCCACCAUUUCGCCUACCGAACACGUGGCGGCUGCCAUCUUACGCACGAACAGCGGUACUUGGUUGUCGAACGCCUGGAACUCAAACCGGGCAUUUGACUAACCAAGCACCGCUAAGACCUCCAUCAUGCUCCGACAAUACGAAUCUAACACACGAACGCCCCGGCGUUCGGUAGAUAGAUUCCCCUAAACGAGGGGAAUCAUACAAAUGGUAGCAAUCGCAUGGAUGGCUAACCGUUCGGUAUUUGUGGUUCACUGAAAUAGACCGACCGCAGGGCCAGUAUGCAUGGAACUGUUUUCGGCUACUGAGUCCCUGUGGUCGGUCAAAUCUUUAACAGUCUGUAACUCCCGAACUCCUGGUCCGAUCUGGGUGAAUUUCAAGUAUGUUGCUCACCCAGAUCAGACCUACCAGGGGACCCCUUAUUUGUCCCUGUACCCCAUAUAUUUAGGGGAGAUCCAGAAAGUGGGGGAAACUCUGUCCCCACUAAUCUGUUUAACUGUUAAUCUAAGGGGAGGAGAGUGAGGGGAGGUGACCGGGUUACAAUUGGUUACUGUACAAAUUAUGAAAGUUACCUC